AGAAGUGUGCGCCCUCGACUAGGUUGCACAAAAUAGCGCAGGGGUUCCAAAGACUUUAGUGAGUGAGCCAUUUUGUUUCAGAAGGGUAGCUAGAGAGAACAAAGGAGGGGGGGAAAUAUCCAGACACACAAAUCUUAACGGUACUUUAAAAGAGAAUUACUGGAGCUUGUCAACACCGCAUUGCUGUCUUUCAGUCCAUCUUCUCCAGCCAGGAAUUGAUCCACGAUGGAAACCACGGGACUACCAAUCGAAUCGGGGAGGGGGUCUCGGCACAGCUUUUCAACACCACCACCCCCUCGCUCUCCGUCGUGAGAUUUCUCACUCGUGACCAGAGCUUUCUGGCCUCCUUCUGAUCAUCUGCUGUAUCGCAACCGGUCGCAAAUCAAUUCUACUUUGAAAUGCUAUGAGGAGGCAUUGCAGGAUACAAAAAUAGCCUGUGAACUCCAGCCUUAUUGGGUGAAAGUUGACAUGGACCAGGAAAACUGUGAAGACCAGAACGUGAUCAACUGUGACAACUCAGGAAGACCCCUCCCUAACCAAGAAGGAAACCUGGAUGAAAAUGUUGAUAUCUCCUCACCCGUGGAGACUGUCGCUGAGAAAGAGACACCCCAAAACAAUAAACGCCAGGCUGAAGUGGCUGCGGGUUCGGAUCUGCCCCCCAAAAUAGCCAAAAUGGAUGAAAGCAAUGAGGAAGAAGACCCCAAUGCUGAAAAUUGCCUCGCCUUUGAUUGUGUGGAUCCAUCUGACAUGGAGUGUUCUCUCUGCAUGAGGCUCUUCUAUGAACCUGUCACCACCCCGUGCGGACACACCUUUUGCCUAAGAUGCCUUGAACGAUGCCUGGAUCACAACCCAGAGUGCCCCUUGUGCAAAGAAGACCUCUUAGAGUGCCUGGCCAUGAAGAAACUUUGCAAGACGGUGUUGAUGGAGGAACUGAUCGCCAAGUACCUUCCGGAGGAACUCGCCGAAAGAAAAAAACUUUACGAAGAAGAGAUGGCUGAAUUUUCCAACUUGAAUAAGAACGUCCCCAUAUUUGUCUGCACGAUGGCCUAUCCCACCGUUCCUUGCCCUCUGCAUAUCUUUGAGCCCUGCUACCGACUGAUGGUCCGUAGAUGUAUGGAGACAGGAACUAGGCAGUUUGGCAUGUGCAUUAGAGAUCCCGUCAAAGGGUUCGCCGAUUACGGUUGCAUCCUAGAGAUAAGGAACGUUGAAGUCUUCACCGAUGGGCGCUCCGUGGUGGAUAGCAUCGGCAAGAGGCGGUUUAAGGUCCUACGGCACAGCAAGUGUGACGGCUACAACACGGCGGAUAUCGAAUACAUUGAAGACAAGAAGGUGCACGGAGAUGCCUCUGAAUACUUGACAAUCCUCCAUAGUGCCGUGUAUGAUCAGGCCCGCACCUGGUUCAACACUCUGAAAUCUUCACUCAGAGUACGCAUCAUCCAUCACUUCGGUCCAAUGCCUGCUAAGGAACCAGACCCACAGGUGAACCCCGAUGGUCCUGCUUGGUGCUGGUGGAUCUUGGCCGUCCUUCCUCUGGAGAACAAAGCUCAGCUUCCCUUCCUAGCGAUGACUUCCUUGAAAGCCCGCCUAUACGGCAUCCGGAGCAUUCUGACCUUCCUCUUCCUCACUCAGACAAAGUGAACAGGGUGUGAAUGCCCUUGCAAUCCGAGGCCUUCUCUCUCACAUGCUCCUUCCAACUUGAUGGUGCCCGAAGGCUGCAAACAAACUUUACUACAGAGGGCCUUAAAUUCUCAGGACUCAGGACGUUCUUCCCCACCUCUUGAAUGGAAAAAGAAAAAAAGCUCCUCUCUUAAGCCGCAAUAAUCUUCCAGCUGGUCCCACUUUGGUCUGCAAAGCAGAAACAAUGCUAAAUGUCCAACAGGAGACAUCAGUAGGGCAUGCCCAAGCAUGGUUGACUUGGAAGUCCCAGGGAGCGCUAUGAGUCUCCUCUUUCUGCCAAAUUCUUUCAUAUAUAUAUAUAUAUUAUAUUAUAUAUAUUUGAAUUUCCUUUUUCAGCAGCUGCCUUUCAAGCGAAGUUCCUACGUUAUUCACGGAGGCGCCUGUCUAUAUAUCGUCAUAGAAUUCGACAAAGCAGACACGAGUUUAUAUUUUCUCAUGGCGUCCUUUCAGUCGGACGGGUUAUUAUUUAAUUUAAUCUUUUAUUUUGGAACCGUUUCAUUAAAACCAAUCCAGUUAAUGUGAAGCUUAAAAAUAAUUCACAAAUCAGGAAGAACCGAGUUAUAGCCCCCUUUGCCGGCGAAGAUACCUUUACUUAAAAAGGCCCCAAGUUUUGUCAAAAGCGGAUGAAUUUUUUCAUUUAAAAAAUUUGCCGGUCAAAAUAGAGGCCACCGGAUUCCUCCUGAUUUUUUUUCUUUUUCUUUUUUUUUUGGCUACCAUAGACUAACCUGACUUGUCUUCUACAAGGUCUGAAUUAUUUAACAAUUGUUUUCCUAAGGAUUCAGGAAUAACUGUGUUAAUUUUGGUUGCAGAUGUCUCUGCUUGAAUUUUGGUUUUGCACAGGGUUUUUUUUUCCCCCCCAGUUGUAAGUGCGAGAACCUCUGUGUGUUUACUCCAAAGUAAAUCCCAUUGCAUUGAA